GCUACUGGGGACAAAUAUAUAUAUAUUUAUAUAUAUAGAGGUAUCUGUACCUUAUCUUCUUCUGACGGUUCAACCCCUCGUGGGCUUUUCAGUCUGGUCUUCUCGCCUGCAUACUGGCUUGCGCACAUCCGGUUUUUUUCCCUUUGCUCGAAACUUCGAAAAAGCUAAAUCGGCGACCGAAAUUGCUGAAAGAAAAAAAACCAACCAGUCUCUUUCUUAACCAAACCAUGGCUUCCACUCCUAUCCCCUCCGAGUACGACGACACCAGAAUCCUUGGGUACGGCCCAUUGAUCCCACCUGCAUUGUUGCAGCACGAAAUCAAGGCCUCUGCCAAGUCUCUUGAGGUCACCAUCAAGGGUCGUUACGAAUCCGCUGAAAUCAUUUCCGGGAGAGACGACCGUGCGCUUGUCAUUGUCGGCCCGUGUUCGAUCCACGACACCGACGCCGCCAUGGACUACGCCAGAAGACUCAAGAAGCUUUCUCUUGAGCUUGAGAAGGACUUGGUCAUUGUCAUGAGAGCCUACUUGGAAAAGCCAAGAACCACCGUUGGUUGGAAAGGUUUGAUCAACGAUCCAAACGUUGACAACACUUUUGAGAUCAACAAGGGGUUGAGAAUCUCUCGUCAACUUUACUCCGACCUUACUGGAGUCACCGAAUUGCCUAUUGGGUCCGAAAUGUUGGACACCAUCUCCCCACAAUACUUCAGCGACUUGUUGUCCUUUGGAGCCAUUGGUGCCAGAACCACUGAAUCCCAAUUACACAGAGAAUUGGCCUCUGGUUUAAGCUUCCCUAUCGGGUUCAAGAACGGUACCGACGGUGGUUUGGGUGUUGCCUUGGACGCCUGUCAAGCCUCCUCCAAGGGCCACCACUUCUUGGGUGUCACCAAGAACGGGAUGGCUGCCAUCACCACCACCAAGGGUAACGACCACGGGUUCAUCAUCUUGCGUGGGGGUAAGAAGGUCACCAACUACGACGCCGUCUCCGUGGCCGCCGCCAAGGAAGCCAUCGCCAAGAGCACCAACCCAAACAUCAAGCUCAUGGUUGACUGUUCCCACGACAACUCCCAAAAGGACUACAGAAACCAACCAAAGGUCUUGGACUCUGUUGUCGAGCAAAUCGCCGCCGGUGAAGACACCCUCAUUGGUGUCAUGAUCGAGUCCCACAUCAACGCCGGGAAGCAAAGCAUGCCAGCCUCCAACGAGGACAAGUCCGUCUUGAAGUACGGUGUUUCCAUCACCGAUGGAUGUGUCUCCUGGGAAGAAACCGUGGUCAUGUUGAACAAGUUGAGUGCCGCUGUCCAAAAGAGAAGAGAAUUGAAGAAAUAGAUAGAACUGAUUGUGUAUAUAAUAUAAGGAC